UGAUCCUGAAAGAAAUGGCGAACAUUUGAACCGAAGAAGUGCACCUGAUAGAAUAUUUAAAUUUAGUGAUUUUUCCUAAUAACAGGAUUGACAAGUAAUAAAUCAGUUUAAGAUAGGAAUCACACAAUGGCAGUCGUGGUCACAGCAUAAAAGUAACAAAAGUUUUUACAGCAACUAUGGUGAAGAUUAAAGCAAGGUGAUUAAACCACUGUGUUACCAUGGCAACUGUGACAGAAGAGGUUAACGGGUUUAGCCAUGGAAAAAGAUCGGUCUCCCCAGAUUCUGUUAUUCAAGAACAAGAGGUGAAGCGAGCAAGGAAAGAUAACAGCUUAGACAAUAACCUUGUUGACGAUCGACUUAUUGAAGUUUCUCCCUUGUUAGAGCAGUCUUCAUUAGAUAGUCAUACCAAUCAUUCACCAUUACAUGACCAGUCAAAAGAAUCAUCACUAGAUCUACCAGCUAAUGGCACCACAAAUGGUGGCUUGUCAACAGAAGAUGGCACCACUUUCACAAGUGAAGACAGUUGGGUAGUGACUACUGUUAGUUCACCUGUAGUAAAGACUGAACCAGCAGCAGUUGUGUCUAACUCUCCUGCCACUAUUACACUAGCAUUACCGUCCAACACAUCCACAUCAGAACAAACAGAUCCAUUAGCAGUAGCCACAAGUGAGAUAGACAAGAGUGCAGAAUUAACACCCACAGAUUUAACUAAUUUCUUAAACAGUGCUACCAUACCUAUUGUUGUAUCAUCUGACGGCAGUGUUCAAAUACUAACCACAACAACAGCCAUGAAUACGUAUCUUGGUCAGAAUUCAUUCCCUAACACAGGAUUCUAUCCACCACAGUAUGCUGGAGCAGCCUAUGCACCAGAAUUAAAAUUAAAGACUCAGGCAGGAAACCAACAAAAUUAUUUAAGUUACCAAACAGGCUACAACCAGACAGCCUAUUGCUUCAAUCCACAAGUACCAUUUACAACCAACUCAACAGCAGCAGCAGCAGCGGCAGCCGCAUAUCAACAGUCAUCUGGUAUCGAUGGCUUCAGUUAUAAUUAUCCCGGUGCGAAUCCAUACUACCCAAGCUAUCAGCUGGCAAACAGCACGACUGCUACAGCAUCACCGUCAAACUCACAAGUCUACACUUUGAUGGAUACCCCCACAACAACAACAGUAGUAAGAAAUAUACCAAAUAUACCAAAUGGUCAAAGACCUGUUGACACAACUGAUCCUCAGUAUUCUUCACAGAUCCCAAGUCCCUCACCUCCAUUAUCAUCUACAAAUAGCACAAAGAGAAGAAGUGGUAGUCGAGCAGGCAGAAGAACAAAUCCUUCACCUGGACCUGAGUCUGAUUUAGAACGUGUAUUUGUGUGGGAUUUAGACGAGACAAUUAUUAUAUUUCAUUCAUUACUAACAGGAGUGUAUGCACAACGAUAUGGAAAGGAUCCACAACAAACAGUACAGUUAGGAUUACGGAUGGAAGAAAUGAUAUUUAAUUUAGCAGAUACACAUUUAUUUUUUAAUGAUUUAGAGGAAUGCGACCAAGUCCACAUUGAUGAUGUGUCAUCUGAUGACAAUGGACAAGAUUUGAGUGGAUACAAUUUUGCUGUAGAUGGUUUCCAUGCAGCAGCAACUAACCCUAAUGUAUUAGCCGGGAUGAGGGGUGGUGUAGAUUGGAUGAGGAAAUUAGCAUUUAGAUAUAGGAGGAUAAAGGAAAUAUAUAAUAGUUACAGAAAUAAUGUUGGAGGUUUAAUUGGUCAACAGAAACGAGACAAUUGGUUACAAGUACGGCAAGAUAUUGAAACCUUAACUGACAACUGGCUCACACUAGCAUUAAAAUGCUUACAGAUUAUAAAUUCAAGGUCAAACUGUGUUAAUGUACUAGUCACAACCACACAACUGGUUCCAGCUUUAGCUAAAGUUUUAUUAUAUGGUCUUGGAGGUGUGUUCAAUAUAGAAAAUGUUUACAGUGCUACAAAAAUAGGAAAAGAUAGUUGUUUUGACAGAAUAGUUGCAAGAUUUGGCAGGAAGUGUACAUAUGUUGUCGUUGGUGACGGCCGUGAUGAAGAACAAGCAUCAAAACAAAUGAAUUUUCCAUUCUGGAGGAUAUCAAACCAUUCCGACCUAGCUGCCUUAAAUCAUGCAUUAGAAUUAAACUACCUCUGAUAUGUGAUAAGGACAGAAAUUUCUGCCAUCAAAAAAACUUGCCUCUAUUCCAGACCAUGUGUGAUGUCAUUUCCCAUCAUGCAAUAGACUGUUUCCUGUCAGCAUUGCAUUGUGGGACAGUUGUGCCAUGAACUGCCAUUGUUGACAAUUGGACCAUAGGAGGUUAAGAUAACCUUGACACGAACCAAAGAUUUAUGUGCACGGAAAGGAAAGCUUCAUGUUGUUGACGUUGUUGAUAUUUUUUACGUCCUAAAGAGAUUUUAUAAAAUUAUAUAUUGUAAAAUUGGUAUUUAAUAUAUCUUUUUUGGAGAGUGAUGCAGACCAUGUGUUAAAGGUCACAGGAUUGACCUUAGAAUGACAUUUAAUCCUGAUAACUUUUGUUUAACAAAGGUUAUGUUAACAGUGACCAUGAUAUAUGUACUGUUUAAAGUGCUUCAUGUUUUUUAUGUUCUAAUGAAUGCAAUAUAUUUAUCCUUACAUGUACAACUUAAUUGGUCCAAAAAUAUUAUUAUUGCUCAUAUAUAUACAUAAACAAGAUGAAAGUUCAGUAGUUCAUUUUAAAACAGUCUUUGAAUUCUAAGCAAUUUUAAUUCAUUAUUAAAACCAAAGAAUAUAUCACAGAAAAAGGUGCUCUCAAUUAGUUAUUAGAUAUAGUAUUCAGAAUACAUUGAACUCAAAGUUACUUGUUAGAACUUAGCAUUCAGAAUACAUUGAACUCAAAGUUAUAUAUUAGAAGAUAGCAUUCAGAGUACAAGUAGAUCACUAACAAGUAAAUUGAAGGUACAUAUUCAAGUGUGUUUAGUCAGUCAGUAAAGUGUAUAUCAAAAUGAGCUUUAAGAAGCAUAUUGUCAUUUAGGAAAUUAGCCCAUUAUGCAAUUUAAAGCUCCCUAAAAUUAGGGUAUUGUGACCCACUUUGUACAGAGUAAUAGUAUUUAUAUUCUUUGGUGCUUUAACCAUAAAUUUUUCAGCAUUCAGAUAAAACCAAAGUCCCACAACAUUGUAUUGUACAUAAAAUCAACCCUAUAUCUUGAUAACAGCAUGAACAUAUCAGUGUAUAUUAUUAUAUAUUUAACAUGUAUGCAGAUGACAAUCAAAGUGUUAAGAGAAUUGUAACGAUAAUCAAAAUAUUCUGUUAUUACGAAGGAAUGUGACCCUUUACAGCAUAAACUGUUUAUGUGUUAACCAAUUUUCUUGUACAGGCUCAAUUCCAUUUCGAUUUGAACUAUAAAAUAUAAAAAAUUGUUACCAAAUAAUAACUUGAGUUAAACAGCUUAUUCAGGUAGCUUUAACGUAUUCCUGAGUUCCCCUGUGCAGUUUUGAUAUCAUCAACAAACAGUUUUCUAGAAAGUCAUUUAACAAUCUAAAUAUAAUUGAGUACUUACAAGGAGACAAGGUUACCACAUGGAUUGUUUAUGUUUAUAUCAUUUGGAAAAGAAAGUUACAGUCACAGAGGUGAUUGUGUUCUAUUUAAGUUCUGCUAUUGUCAAUCAAUAAUUGGUGAUUACAAUUUCUUUAUAUAAUUGGUUUCUGACACAGCCACAUUCUCUUUUAUAUUUUGUGACUACAGACAUAAGUUGGAAGAAAGUCAAAGGAGAGGGGAGGGGGGCUCUGGCAUAAUUUUGUUGAUUUUUACAUGAUUUAAAAUAAAAACUAAAAGGUACUGCCUUUAUUUGGCAAUGAUUAUGUAAUCAAAAUCUUUUCUGGAAUGGGAUCGCAGAAUGAAUUGCAUUCUUGAUUGUAAAGGUUCAUAAUGCAUAAUCAGUUUUUCUGUCUAAUAGCAUUUAUACUUCAAAUAUCUGAAAGAAAUUCAGAGAAAAUACCUUUAGUAUUGGACUGUCUUCUACAUUUUUAACUCUUAUAGGUCACAUUCCUUACAAUCAAAUUAUAUAUGAUGGCUUUAAUUAAUCUCAGUAUUUAUAUCUCAUGGUUGUGAGAGAGUUGUUGCUUUUUUCAGUUAAUCAGAAUAUGCUAACUCAGAAUGAUGAGUGGGAAUUAUGAAUUGUUCAUAUUUUGGCUAUUAUUUUUAAUCCAAAGCAUUAUUAUCCAUGGAUUGCAAAUGGUUGUUGGAAUAUGUCUGUUGUCAUUUUCCAUCAUUUUUUGUAAAACUAGUUAGGAUGUGAUAUAUGUUAUUCCAGGCAAUGAUUGCCAUACAUUUUAAAUUGUGACCUGUGGUAUGCGCACUAAGUUCGGUGUAAAUUAUAACCAAAACUUUUUGGAACAUGCAGUAAAAGUUUCUAUUCAAAAUUAAAUCUUACUUUUAAUUUAAUAUUUUAUUUAUUAGUAAAUCAACUAAAAAAAUUUCUCGCUGGGGUUAUUUUCACUUAAAUUUGCAUGUAAAAUAUCACCGCCAAAUAGUUUGUAGAAUUAUUGAUGUGAAUAGUGAACUUACUGUUGAUGAACAAACUUAACCCUAGCACAAAAGGUUUAUGCAUGAAAUCACAAAACAAACAACCCACGAAAAUAUUUGCAUUUGCUGUAAAGCCUUAUAUUGAAAAAAAAACAGCUCUAUCAUAAAAGGCUAUAAUUUCUGUUUUCUUAUUGCAAGGAAAGAUGAUACAAUAAACAUAUGUAAUAUAUAAGAAAAUAAUCUUAAUAAUUAUACAAAUUUUAGGAUGAUUUUAUUGAUAAGAUAAGAAAAAAUAGUAUAUUAAUCAAGAUUUUUAUGUUAACUGUUUAUUCAUUUUGAAAGAGUUUUGAAUGGAAAUGAACAUCUACAUUUUAUUAUUAAAUGUUUGAUAAAAAAAAGAAAAAAAACCUUUUGAAUGAUUAUAAUAUGAAAUACAUUAAAAUCAAUUUACCUUUAGUGUUUUAUGCAACAUUUACGGAACACGGAUGGAUUUUAUGUGAUUAUUACACAAUUUAUAAUUUAUGAAUCAAUGGGGAAAAAGGUAUUUGAAAGAAAAACAAAUCAAUUUAUGUAUUAAAUUUUAAUGUAUUUUAAAUGUUAUAUUGUUUUUGAUGUGACUGUCAGUUUUAUAAAUUUUAUGCACUGUUACAAUUUUAAUUCUCUGCAUCAUAUUACUGUUCAGGAUACUCAAUUAUUAAUGGAACAUUGAUCGCUUUUCCAUUCUUCCUUUCUGCUCAUUUCAUAUUUUAUUUUGCAGGAGAAAUGAACCAAAGAUUUUUGUAUAUACCAUUCAACAAGGGAAAUCCUUUUCAUUCAUUUGUUUUCAUUUAAUACUCAUUCAUAAGAAAUAUUUUGAUUUAUAUAUUAUUUAUCUGGGGACAGGCUUUUUUCACUGGUACCCAGAUCUACCCUCAUGCCGAUACAUCCAAGUUGUAAAAUCUUGAGUAAAUUGUUGAUGUUUUGUUAUUGUUUAUAUUGGCGUGUGUCAGUAUCACAGUGGAUACUGAUGUUGUAAAAUAUCAUUGGUCAUUGUAUCAUAUUAAAGGGAGAUAACUCUAUCAUAACAGACAAAAUUUGUCAAGCAUGAAAUGAUAAUGCAAUAAAAAAAGAUGUAUGACAAUA